AUGACGCAAUUCUUUCGCCAGGCGGGAGUCACAUAUACUCAGUCAGCUAAAUUGGUCCACCGCCUCAAUGGAAAUACAGGACGUAUCAACACGAUGACACUGUCUACGGAUGGUGCGCGUCUGGUAUCUGCAUCUUUGGCAGUCAACCAUGAUGCACAUUACGGCCUCUCCACCGAGGAAGAGUACAAUGUUAACCCUCCUGAUAAGACAAUUCGGCUGUGGGAUACGAAGGCCGGACUUUCGAUUCGUAUACUUCAUGGUCUUGCAUCUUCUGUUGACUCCCUACCAUUCACAAGAGAUGGAAAGAUAUUAGCCGCCGCAUAUGAGAAUGGCAUUGUUCAGAGCUGGGACACAGCAACUGGCCAAGCCCUCCUGCCGUUGGAAUAUGAGCCCAGUUCUAGCUCCACCUUAGAUGGGGAAACCUUCCAUCUGGAUGUAGCCUUCUCCUCCGACGGGAAGACAAUCUCAUGCACAUUUCCAGACGGGGAUUUGAGACUCCGGGACAUUACUUCAGGGGGGUUACUUACAGUUUUGGACAAUAGAAUGAUCUUAAAAUCCGCUCGCUUUUCGCCCAACGGCAAGCUGUUGGCAACAACAUCAAACGGUCACAUGGUGCAAUUGUGGAAGCCCAUAACGGGCGAGCUUCUCGGAGUCUAUAAGGGGCUAAAAGGUCUUUCGAUAGGUUCCUCGGAUGACGGUCACUCCCUCGACACAGAAACGGGACAACUGAACCUUGGAGUAAUAUGACCGACUCUGUCGACAGGACACCA